AUAAACCCCCUGAUCUUUACCAUAAUUAUAUCAACCGUUAUACUAGGAACAGCUAUUGUAGCAACAAGCUCUCACUGACUCAUAGCAUGAAUCGGAUUUGAAAUAAACAUACUAACCAUUAUCCCAAUCCUAAUGAAAAAAUACAACCCCCGAUCCAUAGAAGCAUCAACCAAAUAUUUCCUAACACAAGCAACCGCAUCAAUGCUACUAAUAUUAGCUGUAACCAUAAACCUAGUAUAUUCAGGCCAAUGAUCCAUCACAAAACCACUCAACCCAAUAGCGUCAACCAUUAUAACACUGGCAAUAGCUAUAAAACUUGGGCUAUCUCCCUUCCACUUCUGAGUGCCAGAGGUCACACAAGGCAUCUCCCUGCCAUCAGGCCUAAUCCUCCUGACCUGACAAAAACUAGCCCCAAUAUCCAUCCUCUACCAAAUUUCAUCAACAAUCAACCUGGACCUACUCAUAAUACUAUCAAUUCUGUCCAUUGCCAUCGGAGGCUGAGGAGGCCUCAACCAGACCCAACUACGAAAAAUUAUAGCCUACUCAUCCAUCGCCCACAUAGGGUGAAUAACAGCCAUCUUAACAUACAACCCAACAAUAACCUUACUAAACCUGGUAAUCUAUAUCCUACUAACAACCACAACAUUCAUAAUGUUCAUGUUAAACUCCACAACAACAACACUAUCCUUAUCUCACACAUGAAACAAAACACCCCUACUCACCACAGCCAUCCUACUCACCAUGCUAUCACUGGGAGGUCUACCCCCACUGUCUGGGUUUAUACCAAAAUGAAUGAUUAUUCAAGAGCUGACAAAAAACGACAGCGUAAUUAUACCAACCGCAAUAGCCGUCAUAGCACUACUAAACCUAUAUUUCUACAUACGCCUCACAUAUUCCACAUCACUGACAAUGUUCCCUUCAACAAACAGUAUAAAAAUAAAAUGACAGUUCAACUACACCAAACCAACAACCUACCUAUCACCCCUAAUCAUCCUAUCUACCCUGAUCCUACCGCUAUCUCCAAUACUGGCAUUACUGGAAU